CAACGAGGUUCCCGAAUAUGGUGGUACCCGACGUCUCUCUUCAAUUUCUUGCCAUUGCACACUGCUGGCGAAUACAGGGUAAAUGGAGAGUCCCUUUCACAGAAAUAUAUCUCUUCAUACGCCCCAUCGCUCACCGCGCUGAUGAAGGCUCACAGAAGGCAUGACAAGUCGCUGUCAGUGUCCUUCGCUGCCAUUGGCCAGAACCACCCAGCCGGUGCUUUAUUCACUUUGGAUAGUGUGGAGCCUGAGCUGGAUUUGGUGCUGAGUCUUUUGCCCCCUCCCCCAACCGUUUCCUCUACCAAGGUAACGAGUAUUGAUGCCACGAAAUCGCGAGCGCUAUGCGCACUGCGAGAUAAUACAUGGCUCCAUUUCGUGUGCCACGGGACACUGAAAUUUGAUGAACCCUUUAAGUUGGCCUUUCUUAUGCGCAACCACCCGCUUUCACUCCUCGAUAUCACCCAAAUGGAUCUCUCCCGGCAUCAAUUUGCAUUUCUUUCUGCCUGUGAAACCGCAGUCGGUGCCUUCAGUAUGCCCGACAAAGUGAUACACCUAGCUGCUGGCCUGCAAUUCACUGGAGUUAAGAGCGUCAUUGGGACAUUGUGGAAGGUCAAUGAUAGUACCGUGCAGCGCUUAGUCGAGGCAUUCUACAAAAACUUGUGCAGGAAUAGUAAAAUGAAUUCCAAACGAGCUGCCCUGGCGCUGCACCAAGCAGUCCACUCGUUGGCUUGCAACAAGGACAUGCCCUUGGACCAGCGCAUAGUGUUCAUCCAUAUUGGUGUAUGA